UAAGUGCCAUUAAUUUGAUCAUACAUUUCCUGGUAUACGACGUUGAGAAUUUCAUAAAAGUGUGUGAUGUUAGUGCUGAAUUAAUCUAAAGAAAAGUUGAACAAACAUGUCUGCGGUGCAAUUUGUAAUACAACCGUUGCCUGGGUCGGAUGAGCAGUACAUUGAAAGGCUGCGAGAGGUAUCUGACAAGGUAAAUAGGUUCGGAUGUGGCACGCAUCGAAUAUUUGAACAGCUUAAAAUACCUGUUAAAGAAAUGGUCAUAGGCCCAAACCACAUUGGUGUACUUUUGGAAGAUGGUAAGGCAUUUCGAGCAGCUUUUUCUAUUAAUUCAGAUCGCCUCGACCUGAGUAGGAUUGAUAGCAGCAAAAGUAAUGCAAAUAAUAGCUCUAAUCUAACAAAUAAUUCAAAAAAUGCUGCGCCAUCGUCAGCAAGGCAAUUGGCUCGUUCAAGAGCGCGUCUUAUGCGAACAACCGGAAGAUCUGGAUCUACAAGUCAAAGUUCAGGUUCACGCAGCACAGGUGUAAUUAUUGGUAGUGGCUCCUCAAGUCGUCCCAUUGUAACAGUGCCUGCAACGUAUGUUCCUGAAGAACUAAUAUCUCAAGCUGAAGUUGUUUUGCAGGGUAAAAGUAGAAAUCUUAUUAUAAGAGAAUUACAGAGGACUAAUUUAGAUGUAAACUUAGCGGUUAAUAAUUUGCUUUCUCGAGACGAUGAGGAAGCAGAAGAUACGGAGGAAGCAGGUGAUAACUAUGUUCCGGAGGACCUAAUAUCAUUACUAGAUAACGGAUUUCAUGGAGAUAAUAACAGUGUUAUAAUAGACCCUUCGGAUGGACUUUUCUCCGAAGAAAUAUUCAGCAACUAUUCCAGUAUCCGCAAUUUACUAUUUGAUCGUAUACGUAGUGAAAGAAAUCAGUCGAGUUCAAGUAAUUCAGAUAACCAAGUGAGACCUGCGACAACUUCAGGUAGCGUAUUGUCGGGAAAUAAUAGCUUGUCUGCACAAAUAUCUUCUGUAAGUGUUGAUCGAGAAGCAUUCAGUCGAUGGAGAGAUCGCCAGUAUUACGGACCUCGUCGUUGGCUUAACAAAGAUGACUAUGUUUGGGAAAACAACGGAGAUUUGAGAAAGAGAGACACUUCAUCCAGUUCUCCACUUUGGAUUUCGGAGGAAUUACAACCAUGGCCAGAUAAAAAUGGAAUAACUAAAUUUAAAAGAAUAGGGGCUUUAUAUUCUGAGUUUAUUGCGCUUUCAGAAAAUGGAGAAUUACAUCAGUGGAAGUGGUCGGAAAUAGAACCUUAUAAAUCCGAGAUUGAACAUGCUUACCAUCCAAAAACUGUGAGUCUUAAUAUAAACGAAAAAGUUGGACAAGUAUCGGCGAACUUUAUUCGUUGUUCGGUGGUAACAGAGAGUGGUCGUGUUGCAACGUGGAUGGACGAUCAAAUAGGAUAUCUAGGUGCCAAACUUGAGCAUCCAACAAUUAUGUUUAAUGAAUUUGUUAUGGAUCCCAUAGCAUCAAUUAAUGUUUGCUCCUUGUAUACAGCAGUAAGGACUGAAAACAAUAAUAUUUAUUGGUGGGGUGUGUUGCCGUUUGAUCAACGACGCUACUUGUGGGAUAAAUUUCGUACAAAGUCUAAAAAGCCGUUCAAAUCAAUAUCCUCUGAUAUUAGUGUUGGAACUCAAGUAAUAAUGAAAAAAUGCCCCAUUUAUCAAGCUGGUUCUAUUGGUUUUACAUGUUACAAUGGUAUACCAAAGAUAGGACAAUUACAGAAUUCAGUCUGGGAUCUAAGUGAUGUUUGUCGAUUUAAAAUAAUUACAUUAACUCCGCAACCAAGUGUAGAAAAAUCUCAGCUAAGUACUUGUAGCUCAAUAAGUACUGAUAAAGAUUAUAUAAAGGCUCAUAUACCAAUCACUGUAAAUGCACAAUCUACAAGUAAAUCACUAAGUGCUACAAAGGAAACAACGGAUCGAAUUGAUAUGCCUCCGCCUCCUUCACCAGCAUCAAGCACAUGCAGUGAUACGGGCAGUGUAACUUCACAUAAGCGAACCAAGAGAAUGGCUACGAAAGAUGAUGUUGAAAACAAAAAAGAUGAAGAAUUGUGGCAACUAAGGGACGUUGUUUUUGUUGAGGACAAAGUCGGACCGGUUGGCAAAGUUUUAAAAGUUGAUGGCGAUUUUGUAGCAGUGCGUUUUCCAAUUGCUACAACAUCUACGACUUCUGCAGGUAGUAAUAAUGGCGAGGGGAAAGACGAUGAUUGGCAGCAGUGUCGACUUUUACGCCGCGAAGAUGUACAGAUAUACAAAACAAAUAUGGCUUCACGUGGAUUGGACUGGUUGCAAAAAAUGCCUAGGAAAGUCAAUAUAAAUAAUUGCAAUGACUCGAAUGGAUUUCAAUUGUUAACUAUGUCAGUGGACGUUCGAGGAGUUCAUGUUAUCAAAAAACAUGGAUCCAAGCUCUUUUACAGUCUGUAUAAUCUAUAUAACAGCAAACAAGAACAAAUCUGCCAGUUUCCUACUGAUAGCGUAUCGUUUUUAGGUGUUACACCAGAUAAUAUAAACAUACUGUGUAAUAACGACAGCAGUGUCAGUACUAGUAAUAUUUUAGUUUGUGAUGGAAAUCGUGCUCUCUAUCCUAUUGCUAAAGAUUGUUUGGGGUCUAUAAAAGAUCCCUAUUGGCUGGACCUGCCGCCGGUUAAAAAUGUCUCGAUGAGUAUGAUACCAUUUUCUUCAGCCGGGAAUCUUAAGUCGAAAUUGUGUUUAACUGCUUUAGUUUUUGAGUCACAGAAACUAAUGCCCCAUAUUCUGAGAUGUGACAUCAAAAAUGCUUUUGCUGUUCUGAGUCGUCUAGAAAAGAACGAACGCAAUGACAUUGUGCCCAUCACAGAAGAGCGCUGUGAUGGGGGCCGUAAUAUUUUCCAUGCAUGUGUUGCCUUGUGUGCACCCACAUCAAAUAAGGAAGUAGAUGAGAAGAGAAAUGUUUCGGGGAUUAACCGAUCAUCGCCGUUAGCUAAUACAGUCUUUACUAAUUGUCCAAAUCUUUCAACACAUUUGGAUAUAAACAAUGGUGUAGCUGCUACAAAUGCUGGGCCGUCGUCAAAUACAAACGCUACUGUAAAUAUGAGAGAAAACCGUUCGGUUACUUUGCGAGAAAUGAUGAAUCAUCUUAUUAAUACUGAAUCGGAACAAAAUAACCCGGCUCAUAGAAUACCAUCGGUUGAGGAUCAUAUCUAUAUACCGCAAUGGUCAAUAGAGGGGAACAGCACUAAUCAAACAUUAAAUGACGUUAUUACAACGAACGAAGUUGAAGAUGAUCUUUCAAAGUCUGCAUCCGGCAAUGCAACAAGCAUUAAUUCCUCCCCAAGUAUUGCUUCACCAAAUUACGUUUUUGAGCCAAUGCAGCGAAGAGAGCACGCAAUUUUAAUUUUGCAACAAAUGUGUUCCUCGGCUGCAUUUCGCCCUUAUUUACACCAAAUGCUAAGUUUCAAGGAUUCUCAAGGACGAACUCCUUUUAUGAUAUCAGUGUAUACUCGUGCCUAUGAAGCUGGUAUAAUACUUUUAAACACAAUAUUAAGUUUAUCGGAAAAAGAUGCUGCGCUUAAAAAUUCGAUGAUAUUUCCACCCGGUUCCCCGCCUGAUCAAUCUCCAUUAUAUGUUAUUUGUUAUAACGAUACUUGUUCAUUUACAUGGACCGGAGCUGAUCAUAUCAACCAGAAUAUUUAUGAAUGUAAGACAUGUGGUUUAACUGGGUCUCUAUGUUGUUGCACAGAAUGUGCACGUGUGUGCCACAAAGGGCAUGAUUGCAAAUUAAAACGAACUUCUCCGACCGCUUAUUGCGAUUGUUGGGAGAAAUGUAAGUGUAAAGCACUUAUUGCUGGAAACCAAAAUAAACGAUUUGCUCUCUUGUGCAAAUUAUCUUCGUGUACUGAUCUUGUAACGAGAUUUAAUUCCAAAGGUGAAUCAAUUUUACUUUUUUUGAUACAAACCGUUGGUCGACAAACAGUGGAACAAAGACAAUACCGUGCUAAUGCUCGUGUAAGAAAUGUGGGCAGUAGUUCAGGUAGUGGCACAUCCAGAAAAUCUUCUACCAUAGAUCUUGAAGCAGAUAUGCCAGAGCAUGACCUUGAACCACCGAAAUUUGCUCGAAAAGCACUCGAACGUUUACUUAUUGAUUGGCACGCAAUCAGAGCCAUGAUUAUGACGGGUGCUGAUAAAAAUGAAAACCCUCAAACACAACCUAAUUCUGCAGAUGCUUUAAAUACCGAAAGUUAUAAUAUGUAUGUUAUGAAUCAACAAGGAUCUACGCUGUUAGAUAAGUUUACCCAUAACUUAUUUGUUAAGUGUAGCGGAGAUCAUCUGGAUACACUUUUAAUGACACUAGUGCGUGAAAUGCAGGACGAAACUACUCCAGGUCGUCGAGAAGAAGCCGAACUAGUAGCUCGUCGAUUUAUACGAUCUGUCGUACGGGUCUUUGUUAUUUUCAGUUUAGAGAAAAUGCCAAAUCCAGAACGAAGAAAAUCAAAUUUGGCCUCGAACAAACAUAUUCAAAACUGCGUAAAAGUUUUUCAAUCUCUAUAUAAGAUUUCAAUUGAAGAACUGUGUGAGGUUUCUGAAUCACUUAUUGCACCAGUACGUCUUGGCAUUGUUCGACCAACGGCUCCAUUUACUAUGUCUUCAACAAGCAUUGAUAGCUCGGAUGAUCUAUUUAGCGUUGAACCUCUGGCGCCUUCAUCGACUACUGAAUCAUUAACAGAACCAGUAUCAAGCCAUGAGGAGAAUCAGACAAAUACACCUGGAUAUAAUAUGCAAUCCAAUUUUUCAAUGGACAACAUUGAUGUAUUGCGGGAUGCUCAAGAAAGUGACGAUACAAACAACAGGGGCAAUAGAAAUAUUAGCCAAGAAGAGGAUAUUCUGGAUUCUGCUAGAAAUGAAGAAGUGAUUCAAGAUGAUGAAAGUGAUAAUGAUUUUCCGUUUAACGAUCCAGAAACUGAAUCUGAUUCUGACGACAAUCAAAGCAAUCAAGAUGCACAAAGGAGCGUACAAACUGGUGCAACAGUUGGUUCGGAGACAGAUAUUGGGGUUCUAUUUCUUGAAGAUGAAUCUGGCGAUUCUUCGCCUCAAGAGGAAGAAGCUUCUGAGGAUGGCGAGACAGACGAACAAUCAGACGAAUUUAAUUUCGCAGAUCACCAAUUAGAACGUAGAAAUACUAGUACUAAUGCCCGUAAUGAUUUAGCUCCACAAUCUAUGCAAUGGGCUAUACGAAAUAGAGAUACUUCUCGCUCUUCUGUUCGUGUACCAGCUGGAUCAAACUUAGUUUUUAUUGAUCCUAUGGCAUUACGUCGCUCCACUGUACCAACAAGCUCUACAGUUGCUGUUCCACCACAAGAGCACCAUACUAUGGCCACAACCGCAAGUAACUUAGCUCGUGCAUUUGGUAUUAUCAUCCGACAAAUAUCUGAUCUUCUCAAUAAUUUUACUUAUCAACUUACAACUGAAAUUGAAAGACCUACAUAUAAAGCUCAAAUGGAGGAAGCAAUUCAAUUGCAAAUGUACAUUGAAGAUAGGUUAAAAUCUACUUGGAAUUGGAUGUAUUCAAUAAUGGAUGGAACAGAACCACAAUUGAAAUUUGGGGCUUAUUUGACAAAUUAUACCGACCCAACACAUCCACUUCAUCCCCUUAAUUUAAAUACUCAGAACACCUCUAACCAAUCUAGCUCUUCGUCGGCUGGAAUUAAUAUUAUGGGCUCAUCGACGCGAAGAGAUUUUUUCACUUAUUGCUUGUCCUUAAUGCGCGCUCAUACUUCGGAACAUCGUGAUGCAUUGCCUGUCUUAGAUAUAACAGCUUUUCGGCAUAUAGCCUAUGUAUUCGAUGGAUUUAUUUACUAUAUGCGUAAUAACUCAAAUUUUUAUGAGAAAACCGAUCAACUUUCUAACAUUUCCAAUAUAAAUGAAAAUGAUGAUACGGAUGAUGAGUUUUCUAACAUAACAAACGAGGAAAUGUUUCCUGAAUCUUCUACUUCUGCUGCAAUUGCUAUACCUUUAUCAGCAACAACUCGUCGUCAUUCAUUUUUUGUUCGAUCAGAAUCAACUUUAAGUCUUGGUUGUUUGGCACCAGAUAAUUUUGAUUUACCACUGGAUGUUGCCAUACCGCUAGCUGAUAAACCGCAUCUUCUUCAGCCAAAUUCAAAGCGAGAGGACUUAUUUUCUAAUUUGCCACUGCUAAUUCCGACAGAAGAAAAUACUGCAGAGGGGGUCAACAUGACUGCGGCACCAACAAAACUUGGUUUUUCUAGCUACAAAUCGAUACCAACAAGUUGCGUAAAAUUUGGAAACAGCUGGAAAACAGAAUUAGAUUCGAAACUCCGAAAUAUUGAGCCAAUGGAUACGGACGAAAAUGUACCUCGACUCGAAACUCUACCAAAUGUUAGUAAUCCGAUCAACUCUAGUCGCCCAGAAGUUAUUAUCACGCCAAAUAAAAUGCAAAAAACUGAAGAGGACAGCCCACAAGUUUCAAAUUUUCCAACCACUUCAUCGGCUCGCAGUGUUAUUGUGCGGGCUAGCUCAGUAGCUAAAAAUAUUGAAAGCGAAAGAAAUUUACGAUUGCCUUUUCAAGAGGAUGUCAAACGAACAAACAUUACUUUUCCACCUCGUGGAAUUAAUUUUUGUAAACAAUUCUCUUCAGUCACUCCUUCUUGGAAUUUCUUACUAGGGCGAUGGAAAUUAACACUUGAUUUAUUUGGAAGGGUCUUUAUGGAUGACGUGGGAAUGGAACACGGAUCGUUGUUGCCAGAACUACGUGGAUUUCCCGUUAAAGAGGUCCGAUUCCGAAGACAUAUGGAAAAGUUACGAAACGGACAACAACGCGAUCUCAUAUUAUGUAAAUUAGAACGUAGUCGAGAAUGUUUAAUAAUUCAAACAUUUAAGGAAUUAAAUGCUCAAUUUGGAAGUCAAACAAGGCGGGUACAAACCCCAUUGACGUUUAAUCGCGUAAAAGUUACUUUUAAGGACGAGCCUGGAGAAGGAUCUGGUGUAGCGCGCAGUUUUUAUACAUCAAUCGCUGAAGCAUUAUUAGCUUCUGCGAAAAUGCCAAAUUUAGAAUCAACUCAUAUUGGCGUGAAUAAUAGAUAUGGAACUCCAUUUUCAAGUAUUUUACGAAAUCGAGGUGUAUCUAGUCGUGAUCCUCCGUCAUUGCAAAGACGUACGGCAGGAAACAAAAUUUUUUGGCGUACCUCACGAGAGAGGAAACUACUCAAUUAUGAUGCCAGGCCAUAUGUUCCAGCUGCAAAUCACACAGAUGGUACAGCAGAACCCAAUGAACAUUUAUCUGUACAUUUACAACAGCUAGGUGAAAGGCUAUUUCCCAAGAUUUGUUCUAUAAAUGCUACAAAUGCAUCAAAAAUCACUGGAAUGCUGCUCGAAAUACCAACUCCUCAACUGCUCUCCAUUUUGUCCUCUGAGGAUUCAUUAAGACAAAAGGUCAACGAAGCUCUUGAUGUAAUAACAUAUAAGCAAAAAUCAGAAGCUAAUAAUACAACCACUCAAACUCAGAAGAAAAUGAUACCGGUAGUAUUACUUGAACAGGGUCAAAUUGAAGAUAAUGAACCAUUAUUUUAUUCGCCUGGAAAAAGAGGUUUUUAUACACCGAGACAAGGUUAUGGUUCAUUUGAACGCAUAAAUGCAUUCAGGAAUAUUGGAAGAUUAAUCGGAUUAUGCUUACUGCAAAAUGAAUUGCUUCCACUGUUUUUGCAACGACAUGUACUAAAGUUUAUAUUAGGAAGAAAAAUUAAAUUUUACGAUUUAGCAUUUUUUGAUCCAAUAAUAUACGAGUCAUUCAGGCAACUUAUACUAAACGCCCAAUCAGAUGAUGGCGAGGCCACAAUACUACGUAUGGAGUUAUUUUUUGUAAUCGAUCUUAUGAAAGAAGAAGGAGGAGGCAGUAUCGAAUUGUUACCAGGAGGACGUGAGAUUCAAGUUACGAGCAACAAUUUGUUUGAGUAUUUGAAACGUUACACCGAAUAUAGACUGAUAAAAUCUCAAGAAAAAGCUUUAGAGGGUCUAAGAGAUGGAGUAUUUGAUGUGCUGCCAGAUAGUUGUAUGAAUAGCUUAACAGCUGAGGAUUUACGCUUACUAUUGAACGGCGUUGGAGACAUAAAUGUUUCCACAUUGAUAUCAUAUACAACAUUCAAUGAUGAAUCCAGUGAGGGUUCUGAUAAAUUACUCAAAUUUAAGAGAUGGUUUUGGAGUAUUGUUGAAAAAAUGAAUACUUCAGAGCGCCAAGAUUUGGUUUAUUUCUGGACCGGCUCACCUGCACUACCAGCCUCCGAAGAAGGAUUUCAACCUCUUCCUUCAGUGACUAUUAGACCAGCCGAUGAUACGCAUUUACCCACAGCAAACACUUGUAUAUCACGGUUAUAUAUACCUUUAUAUUCUAGCAAAACGAUUUUACGUAGCAAAUUGCUUAUGGCCAUUAAAUCGAAAAACUUUGGCUUUGUAUAAAUUUAGAGUUAAGUUUUUAUGUAGAGUAUAGAUCUGCAAAUUCCACUUUUAUUAAUGGCGAAAUUGAGAUAAUUUGUUUAUGUUAUCUUAUACGACAUACUUAUUUAUUAUAAGGAUACAUUAAAAAUUGCUUGUACAACUGAUUUUUAUUUCCACUACAAUUUGAAUUCAAUAAAAUAUCUGAACAUAUAAAACUUUUAAUUGAGAAACAAAAAUUAAUUAUGUAUAUGUACACAUCUCUCAAUAAAGAAAAUUCCAAAAUA